AGAGCUUCGAAUUCAGGAAUAUUGAUUCAAAGAAAAACUUAUCAUAGGAUCUUAAAAAAUGUUAAUUCCUUGGAGAACAAAAUUACGAAUGUCAAAGUAUUUCAUGUUCAUGACUGACACGUCAUCUAGCAUUUGUUAAAUUCAUGUUUUGAAACGACCUAGAGCACCUAUGAACAUCUUAAAGUAUCGUUGAAUAGUUUUAAGAUUUUUUUAACACAGGUAAAACACUCACAGCGAAUUUCAAGUUGAUCUCGUCGACUUUCAUCAGAUAACUUGUUUACUGAUGAAGAUCAUCUGAUGACGUUUGGCUGAAAAUUCAUGGUGACUGUUUUCCAUUUCUUGUCCAGAUUGUACCAACACAGAUGUGUCUUAAUUCGAACUUAAAGUAUUCUUUGUUUGUUCACAGUUAAGUGCCCUGGACAAAAUUGUGAUUGUCCACUAGAUUGCAAGAACUGCGGAGAGCUCGACAGGACUACCUGCACGUGUACCUGCAAAGAUGGCUGGGAUAGUCCCGACUGUUCAGUACCAUGUGGAAACAACCAUGCCUACUGUGGCGCGAACCCCGGAUGGCCGGUUCCAGCAUACUGCACCAUGGAUGGAUUUGAUGUUGUGAACGACUACUGCAGGGAAAUGUGUGGACAUUGUGAGUUUGCAACUCCAGGUGACCCGAAUGCUUGCUGUGCUGGACAGAUAUGUUACAAUGGAGGCUACCUCGAUGAAACAACCUGCCAAUGUGUUUGUCCGGCCGGGUUAUCCGGAAAAGAUUGUAUUGGUGACGUUGAGAUGACCACAAGCCCAGUUGAGAUGCCCACACGCCCAGUUGAGAUGCCCACAAGCUUUCCAACCACGAUGGCGUAUGAGAGCGACAUCUGCUAUUUCGGAGGGGAACAUGUACAUCUGAACCAGACCGAUGCCUGUGUUUGUCCGGAAGGUAUAGGAGGAAGGCAUUGCGAAAUAGUGUCCUUUCCCGGAGGAUGCUAUCUCUUCUCUUCAGACGCUGUCUCCCACCCUGACGCCCAGCGGGCCUGCAGUACCAUGAACGGCCACCUGGUAGACGUGAAGAACGAGCACCAACAAAACAUUAUCGCCGACGGCAUCGCAGCUACCACUAACGCCACCUACUGGCUCGGGCAGAAACUGCAACCGCUGUAUACCCUGACGUACAGUGAUGGGUCGACUGCCCCAGCUCCCUUCCAAUCAACAAGCCAGCGUCCAAGCCCCUGUGACAUGUGUGUUUUCAUGGACAGCUCACAAAGCUCCAGCGACUAUCUUACCAAUACCGUGUCAUGCAUGGAAUACCACAACUACGUCUGCGAGUCUGAGUCCAAACCUUGCGAACCGAAUGACUGUCAGAACGGCGGAAACUGCACCUCCUGUUUUGGUGCAUCCAUCUGUGACUGUCCGGAUGGAUUCGACGGGAUGUUUUGCGAAAUCUAUGUUGACGAGUGUGACUCAAACCCUUGCCAACAUGGCGGCACCUGCCAUGACCGCAUCAACUCGUACGUGUGCCACUGUCAGUCAGGGUACACCGGAGACAACUGCGAAACAGGUGUGUGACACUGUGUUUUCAUUUUUCUGUAUUUGAUUACUAGAAAUCAGACUAGCCUAGGUACCAGCCUGACAAAAUUGCACUCGUAGUGGCCAACCCUACAGUUGCAGCCACCUACAGAAGGUCUCAGAGGGGGUCAUUAACCCCAGCCAGGGAGAGACUGUGUAAGCACAUGCUAUAGACUGGGUACCAUCUGAUUACUAACUGGGGCAGCAAGUGUGAGGAGCCCAGAUAUCUGCUGAUGAAAAAUAAAUUGAGAAGACUUGUCUUCGCCUGAAUAACUUCAUGUUUUUGGUUCCAAUGCAAGACCUAGACUGGUGUUCUCUGGUGACCUGCCCAUUCCACUGGACCUGUCAGGAUGCUGGCACCCACUUCACAUGUCUGGCUCCACCACCAAUGCUCCGUGUACUGGGACACUAUGGAUGCAGCAGCGCCUCCUGUCCAGAAGGCAUGCACUGCAGGGAGGUCGACGAUGGUGGAUCGUUCUCUUGCUGGGCCGACUAACAACGUGGCAUCAGGAUUGAUCUUGUUUGUUUGUCCUAAAGCUCUCAAACUAUGAUCCAGCUAAUCGCUACCAUGCUUACGGACAGAUUUUGGUAGAAGAUAGAAUGAUUAAAUCAAAAUAUAGUAACUUUCUCAAUGAGUUGUACAUGUGGGUGUAAACCAGAUCAUUCUACACGACUGUCUUGUUCUUUACACACAUAUGACGAACAGAGAUUUCCACAUACUUUCCUUCUAUUUUGUUGUUCAGGCUUCAUUCAAUAAAACAGUUGCACAGAAAUCUGAUGUGAUCAUUCAGUAUGAAUCUAGAAAAUGCCUCCCAUUAACUGUAUGAUAAGAACAGUUUGAAACAGCCACAAAUUGAGUGUGAGGAUCCCUGGUCAUAAUCAGGUGGUACCCAGUCUAUGACAGACACAAACCUUAACCAAAAACAUAACCUUCUGACAAUUUGAAAGGUAAUACAGUUAACUGGAAACCUAUCAAAAAAGUUAAGCCUAUGCUUAUGUAACCUGGUAUGUUAAGCUGUAAUCUUGAAGAAAAAAAAAAGAACAUUAUCAGAGAUGAAA